CGAAGCACACAGGCAACGACUAAUAAUCGUAACUUCCCUCAUUACCCUCGCUACCACAAGCAAGAAUACCUUUUCCCUCUUUUCACCACCAUGUCUUACAUCACCGUCGCUGCGGCGACACUUCCUAGUGUGCCCCUCGACUUUCGAGGCAAUCGAGAUAGGAUCUUAGAAUCCAUCCGCCUCGCAAAGGCCGAGGGCGCCACCCUCCGAACAGGCCCCGAGCUUGAAAUACCAGGUUAUGGCUGCCUCGACCAUCACCUGGAAGGAGACACCUUUCUCCAUUCUUGGGAGGUUCUAGCCGACAUCAUCUCGGACCCUAUUUGCAAGGACAUGCUCAUUGAUCUCGGCCUGGGCGUGCGGCACAGGAAUGUUCGCUACAACUGCAGGAUUCUGUGCACCUACAAGCACAUCUUCCUCAUCAGACCCAAGAUGAGUCUUGCAAAUGAUGGCCUCUACAGGGAGAUGCGCCACUUCACCCCCUGGGUCAAGCGUCGACAGAGCGAGGAGUACUACCUGGAAGCCGUCGCUGCUGAGGUUACAGGCCAGAGGAAGGUCCCAAUAGGCGACAUCAUCCUCUCCACCGUCGACACAGCCGUUGCGUGCGAGACGUGUGAGGAGCUCUUCACGCCCCUGAACCCCUCGUCCUUCCUCGGCCUGAACGGUGCUGAGGUCAUCCUUAACAGCAGUGCCAGCCAUGCCGAGCUGCGCAAGCUGCAUGCCCGGCUCGACCUCAUCUCCAACUCCACUCGGAGGCUAGGAGGUAUUUAUGUCUACGCGAAUGCUACUGGCGUUGAUGGCGAGGCUCGCAUGAUGUUUGACGGCUCAAGUAUGGUUCUCGCCAACGGCAAGGUCCUCGCUCAGGGCUCCCAGUUCUCGCUGCGCCCUGUCGAGGUCACCACGUCCACCAUCUCCAUCGAAGAAGUCCGGAGCUACAGGUCAUCCAUAUCUCGCAAUCUCCAGGGCGCAGCACAGGAGGACUUUCCUCGUGUGGAAGAAAUAGACCUGCAUAUCCUCGACCCGAUGGAGGAGAUAGCAAAUGCCCAGGCUGUUUUCUUGUGGCAGUACCUCACACGAACAAACUCACCUGGCUACUUCCUUGCCUUGAGCGGUGGCCUCGACUCGGCGACUGUCGCCCUCUUCGUCUACAGCAUGGCUCGUAUGGCUCUUCAGGCCAUCAAGGAUGGCGAGAAGACUGUGUUGGACGAUCUGCGCCGGGUUACAGGCGAGCCAGACUUGAUGCCCUCCAAGCCAGAGGAUAUCGUCGGCCGUCUAUUCCACACCUGCUACAUGGGCACCGUCAACUCGGGGGACGAGACCAGAACCCGUGCCAAGCGCCUCUCCGAGCGGCUUGGUGGCUAUCACUCGGAUAUCAAAAUUGACGAGGCCGUCAUCGCCCACGAGAACAUCAUUGCUCAGACGCUCGGCGGCUUCCGUCCUAAAUACUCCAUCGAGGGCGGCAGUCCUGCCGAGAAUCUCGCUCGUCAAAACAUUCAGGCCCGCAACCGCCUCGUGGUAGCAUACGAGCUCGCUCAGCUCUCCACGACUGCCCGGAACACGCCAAGAAAGGGUGCAGCGCUGCUUGUUCUAGGCUCAGGCAACGUCGACGAGAAUCUGCGGGGCUACUACACCAAGUACGAUGCGUCCUCAGCCGACAUCGCCCCACUUGGCAGCAUUUCCAAGACGGAUGCCAAGGCCUUCCAGAGCUGGGCAAGAUCCAACUGGGACCUCCCCAUCAUGACAGAGUUUAUCGAAGCCACACCCUCGGCCGAACUUCUGCCUCUGUCCGCCGGCGUGCAGAACGACGAGGCCGACGACGAGAUGGGCUUUACCUACAGCGAGCUAUCCGAGUUUGGCAUACUGCGCAAGGUCCACAAACUAGGACCGUGGUCGGCGUACCUACGCCUACUGGGUGACUGGAAGGAGAGGCCAGGCUUCGGGCCAAGGAAGAUCGCAGACAAAGUCAUGCGCUUCUUCAGAUUCUACUCGCUGAACCGCCACAAGGCUGUGAUCCUGACGCCCAGCCCGCACAUGUCGGCGUACAACCCUGACGACAACCGCCACGACCUGCGGCCUUUCCUGUAUGUGGUCAACUGGCCAUGGCAGUUCGACAAGAUCAGGGCGCACGUCGAGGAGAUGGAGGCCAGAUUGAAGGAGGGUCACGGUGGGAGAGCUGGGGAUGUGGACUGAACAAGAUUUCAAGGCGUAUACAUAAGGUAAUAUUGAUAUCACUAAGCGCAGACUCAGCUUCAAAUACAAUGCUCUUGGGCUGAC